UGUCCUCACUGUUUUCUCUAGGUGACCAUGGCCUUGCUGGGGAAGCUCUGUGACAUCCCCACCAACGGCUGCGGGUCUGAGCGCUGGAACUCCUUUGCCCGCAAAGACGAACUCAUCAACAGCUUGGUGUCCGCCUUAGACUCUAUGUGCUCCGCACUCUCCAAGCUGAACACGGAGGUGGCCUGUGUGGCGGUACACAAUGAAAGCGUCUUUGUGAUGGGCACCGAGAAGGGAAGGAUGUUUUUGAACACGCGGAAGGAGCUACAGUCAGACUUCCUCAGAUUCUGCAGGGGACCCCUAUGGAAGGAUCCAGAAGCAGGACACCCUAAAAAGGUGCAGCGCUGCGAAGGUGGUGGCCGGAGCAUCCCGAGGUCCUCUCUGGAGCAGUGCUCGGAUGUGUACCUGCUGCAGAAGAUGGUAGAGGAAGUGUUUGAUGUUCUUUAUAGUGAGGCUAUGGGCAGGGCCAGUGUGGUACCUUUGCCCUAUGAGAGGCUGCUCAGGGAGCCAGGGCUGCUGGCUGUGCAGGGACUGCCUGAAGGCCUGGCCUUCCGGAGGCCAGCUGAGUAUGACCCCAAGGCGCUCAUGGCCAUUUUGGAGCACAGCCACCGAAUACGGUUUAAGCUCAGGAGGCCUCCUGAUGAUGGUGGGCGGGACUCAAAGGCGCUGUUGGAGAUGAACGGUAUCUCCCUGCUGCCCAAGGGAUCCCGAGACUUCGGUCUGUAUGGCCAGGCCUCCAAGGUUACUCCCCAGGACCUGCCCCCCACCGCCACCCCAUCCUCCAUGACGGAAGCCCUGGGCCUGGACCACAUGGUCCCUGUCCCCUAUCGGAAGAUUGCCUGUGACCCUGAGGCUGUGGAGAUUGUGGGCAUCCCGGACAAGAUCCCCUUCAAACGACCGUGUACUUAUGGGGUGCCCAAGCUGAAGCGGAUUCUGGAAGAGCGACACAGCAUUCACUUCAUAAUCAAGAGGAUGUUUGAUGAACGCAUUUUCACAGGGAACAAGUUUACCAAAGACCCCAUGAAGCUGGAGCCAGCCAGCCCACCAGAAGACACUUCCACAGAGGUCUGUAGGGACACUAUGCUGGACCUGGCUGGGACUGCUUGGUCAGACAAGAGCAGUGUCUCUGAAGACUGUGGGCCAGGAACCUCAGGAGAACUAGGAAUGUUGAGGCCCAUCAAAAUUGAGCCAGAGGAGCUAGACAUCAUUCAGGUUACUGUCCCAGAUCCUUCACCAACUUCUGAGGAGAUGGCCGACUCACUACCUGGACACCUGCCCUCGGAGGAUUCUGGUUAUGGGAUGGAAAUACCGGCGGACAAAGGCCCCAGUGAGGAGCCCUGGCAGGAGGAGAAGCCAGCAGAAGAAAGCCCUGGUGAUGUGAUCCGGCCCUUGCGGAAGCAGGUAGAGAUGCUGUUCAACACAAAAUAUGCCAAAGCCAUUGGUACCUCGGAGCCAGUCAAGGUGCCCUACUCCAAGUUCCUGAUGCACCCCGAGGAGCUGUUCGUACUGGGACUGCCUGAAGGCAUCUCUCUUCGCAGACCCAAUUGCUUUGGGAUUGCCAAGCUUCGGAAGAUUCUGGAAGCUAGCAACAGUAUCCAGUUUGUCAUCAAGAGACCCGAACUGCUCACUGACGGUGUCAAAGAACAAGUUAAAAUUAUGACACCAGACUCUCAAGGAUUGACAUCGCCAACACACUUAGGGAACAAGUCCAAGACCUGUUUAACAAGAAAUAUGGUGAAGCCUUGGGCAUCAAAUACCCAGUGCAGGUCCCCUACAAGCGAAGAAAAAGCAAUCCAGGUUCAGUCCUCAUCGAGGGCCUGCCUCCUGGGAUCCCAUUCCGCAAACCCUGCACCUUUGGCUCCCAGAACCUGGAACGGAUCCUCGCUGUGGCUGACAAGAUCAAGUUCACAGUCACCAGGCCAUUCCAAGGACUCAUCCCAAAGCCUGAUGAGGAUGACGCCAACAGGCUCGGUGAGAAGGUGAUCCUCCGAGAGCAGGUGAAGGAGCUCUUCAAUGAGAAAUACGGUGAGGCCCUGGGACUGAAUCGGCCUGUGUUGGUCCCUUACAAACUGAUCCGUGACAGCCCAGAUGCUGUGGAAGUGAAAGGCCUCCCGGAUGACAUUCCCUUCCGGAACCCCAACACCUAUGAUAUCCAUCGGCUGGAGAAGAUCCUGAAGGCCAGGGAGAAUGUACGGAUGGUUAUCAUCAACCAACUCCAACCUUUUGCAGAAGUCUGCAAUGAUGCCAAGGUGCCAGCCAAAGACAUUCCCAAGCGCAAGAGAAAGCGGGUCUCGGAAGGCAACUCGGUCUCCUCCUCUUCCUCUUCUUCAUCCUCGUCCUCUAACCCAGAGUCUGUGGCAUCCACCAACCAGAUCUCCCUCGUGCAGUGGCCAGUGUACAUGGUGGACUGUUCCGGACUAAACGUGCAGCUCCCAGGCCCCCUUGAUUAUUAGACCUCAGAGCCGAAUCAGGACCUCAACUCAGAAAGACUAAAGGAAAUGUAAUUUAUGUACAAAGUAUAUUCGGAUAUGUAUCGAUGCCUUUUAGUUUUUCCAAUGAUUUUUACACUAUAUUCCUGCCGCUAAGGCCUUUUUAAAUAAGUAAAAGAAAGAAAAAGAAAAAAAAGUGUUACCUUUAUUUCUUUCUUUAUUUUUUCUGGUUAUAUGUAUGCUUUUGGUGGUGUGACCCCAGCAGCCACCCAGGAACCGAGUCAGGCAAGACACCAGCUCAGGUGCCCGGAUUACAUACUCUGGAGUCUCAAGUGUCUUGGGACAGAACUUACUUUCUUUACUGCCAAAGGACUUGUGGCCACAGGAGGAGCCACAGAGUGCUGGCCUAGCCUUCACACAGCCAUCCCAGCACUGCAUCUCCUGGGUGUGGUAGUGCACAUCUAUAACCCCAGCACUCAGGAAUUGGGGACAGGAGGAUCAGGAGUUCCCCUUUGGGUCUGGGGAGGUGACUUCAUGGGGAAAGUGCGCCUUCCUUUGAAAGCACAAUCACCUUCCAAUGUCCUUGAAAAAAGCUGUGCAUUGUGGCAUCUGCCUGUAACCCUGAAAAUGGGAGGCAAUAGAAUCCCUGGAGCUUGCUGGCCUGACUGGAAUAGUGAGUUCUGAGUUCUGGAUCCUGUCUCCAAAAAUAAGAUGAAAAGGGAUAGCAAGAUGGCUAUCUUGAACAAUCGGUGCUCUUAACCUCUGAGCCAUCUCUCCAGCCCCAAGUGUGAUUUUUUUAAUUAUAUACAUUUAAAUAUGUGUAUCCUGAAGUAGUUGAGGCAGACAUCCAGUGUUGACUGACAGCCUUCAAACACAUGUGUAAGCACAUCUGUAUACAUGUUCCACACAUUCAAACAUACACACACACACACCAUACACAUUACAAAAAGGUUCAAGGCAAGCUUGCACUACAUCAAACCAUAUGUUUUUUGUUUUGUUUUCUGAGGCAGGGUUUCUCUGUGUGGCCCUCACUAUCCUGGAACUCAAUGUGUAGACCAGGCUGCUCUCGAACUCAGAGAUCCACCUGCCUCUGCCUCCUGAGUGCUAGGAUUAAAGGUGUGCGCCACCACCGCCAUCCCAACUGCCUGGCACAACUAGUGUUCUUAACAGCUGAGACAUCUUUCCAGCCCUAAUAUUAAAGGCAUGAACCACCACUA